CAGAGACAAAAACCUAGAGACUAAGAGAGACAAAGACAGAGACAGAGACAGAGAGAGUAGAGGGGGAGAGAGAGAUCUUCCUUGGAUUCUGCUCAAUCCCACAAUUGUUUACUGAAGAUCUCCCUUGGGCCCGCCCUUGAUGGCCCCUAGGAAGGAGACAGAAGAGCCAGACAAGGUCUGUGUCCUGAGGGAGCUCAGAAUCUUUCCCAGGAAAUAAGAUUAGCAUGUGAUAAACAUUUAGAAAAUAGUUUAGGACAGCGUAGAAUUACUCAGGUGGGGGGGGGCCUGGACGGCUGCAAAACCCCCCUGGAAUGGGAGCAGGGAGGCCUGGCUUUGAAAGCCAGAUCUGUCAUUAACUUACUUCCUGACUAUGGACAAGUUAAUUUUUCCCUCUGUGGGCCUCAGUUUUUCCAUCUGUAAAAUGAGGACAAUAGACUCAGUGAUUUCUCACGUCCCUUUUAGGUCUACUAUCCCAUAUUUUGUGUUUGAAGUUUCCUUCCAGCUCUGAUGUCCUGUGUACUAAGGUUUUCCAGACCUAAUUUCUAUGUUCUAAGGCCAUCUGGCUCUGACAUUCUAUUUCAUCUCUGACAUUCUACGUUCCAAGGCCCAUCCAUUCCUAACUUUUUAUGUUCUAAGGGCCCUUCCAGUUCUGACAUUCUGUGUUCCAUCUUCUAAGAUCUUUUCUGUCCUGGACAUUCUAUAUGCUAUUUCUGCACUCUGACAUUCUGUGAUCUGGCUAGUCAACCAAGCUAGGAAGACCCCACUAUGGCCUCCUUGAUGGGCUGUGUCCAAGGUACUGCAGGCACGCUGAAGGCCUCCUUUGAAAUCCUGAAACAACAAAUUGAGAACGUGGGGAACUCUCACAUCCAGCUGGCCGUCAUGCUGAAGGAUGAGCUCAAGAGCAUUGAAGAGUUCCGAGAAAGGCAGAAGGAGCAGAGGAAAAAGUACGAGAUAGCCAUGGACCGAGUUCAAAAGAGCAAGCUGUCCCUCUACAAGAAGACGAUGGAGUCCAAGAAGACCUAUGACCAGAAGUGCAAGGACGCAGAUGAGGCGGAGCAGGCCUUUGAGCGCAUCAGCUCUCAGGGCAACCAGAAACAGAUGGAAAAGAGUCAGAACAAAGCAAAGCAAUGUAAGGAUGCGGCCAAUGAAGCAGAGCGGAUGUACAAACAAAAUGUUAACCAGCUGGAGAAAGCCCGGUGUGACUGGGAGCAGGAACACCAGCAGACCUGUGAGGCCUUUCAGCUCCAGGAGUUUGACCGACUCACCAUUCUCCGGAACUCCCUCUGGGUCCACUGUAAUCAGCUUUCCAUGCAGUGUGUCAAAGACGAUGAGUACUACGAGAAUGUCCGGAUAAGUCUAGAGGGCUGCAGCAUAGAGGCAGACAUAGACUUCUUCAUCCAGAAUAAAAUGACGGGAACAGAACGGCCGGAGGCCAUUCUCUAUGAGAACUACUAUGAUCGAAACCCCAAUGGAGGAUCCCACAGUCCCAGUCUUUACCCUGCGUGUGGCAUGAUUAAGAGGUUCUCAGGGUUGUUACACGGGAGCCCCAAAAACAUCACCGAGAAUGUCGUCCCCUCCGCCCCUCCUGCAGGCCUCAUCUCUGCCCCUCUGCAGAAGAACGACAUUGUCUACGCAGACAUUGUGCAAACUAACUUAGCCCCAGAAACCUUGGCCCAGGACUACAGGGUGCUCUAUGACUACACAGCCCAGAAUGCUGAUGAGCUGGACAUCACUGCUGGAGACAUCCUGGCCGUCAUCCUGGAGGGGGAGGAUGGCUGGUGGACUGUUGAGAGGAAUGGGCAGAGGGGCUUUGUGCCAGGCUCCUACCUGGAGAAGCUCUGAAGGAGCCUUGACCCCCCCCCCGCCCCCGCCCCCCUCUGGAUCACGCUCAUUGCCCUGGAAGAGAUGCCUCCAACCCCACCUGACUUCACUUCUGGGGCAGCUCACAUCGCUGGGCUGAGCCUUUUCCACUGCCUCUAAGGGGCCAUGCCUAGGGAGGUGGGAAAGCAGCCAUGUGUGACAGGGACAGCAUCGAUCAGGAGUCAGAGAGACGGGGGCUAGUCCCAGUUCUGUCCUUAAUUCAAUAUGUGCAAGCCUCUCAGACUGUUUUCCCAUAACGGGAUUAAACAGUUAGAUUAGAUCAUU